AUGAAUCAUGGUGCAUGCGAGUUUUUUGGAGUUUUGUUACCAGAAACUCAGAGAAUACAGAAGAAGUUCUUUAUUGGAGUGUUGCACAUAACAUCAUCAUCGGAUGCAGCGAUUCCGAAGAAUUCCAUAGUAGUUGGUUUAUCCGGGAGAGAUCUCUUCUUUCUUCCUCCACAUCCACAUGGAGAUGGUGGUGGUGGAGGUCUGCAUCCACAUCCACCACCACCUCCUCCCAUCAUUCCGAAUAAUCCUGGACAGGCAGCAGUAAUGGAGACCAAGGCGAGAAGGAUGAGAAGUGAAGAUUGCAUGAUUGAGAAGAUGAAGCCGAUGAAGCACUGGGCGAUGUCUGCUGAAUCCUAUGCUUCACUUUUAUACCAUCAAGUAAUUCCUCCGAGUAUUCCUCCAAUACCACCUUCUCCUCCGAUGAUUCCUCCGAGUCCACCUUCUCCUCCUCCAAUUGUAUCUCCCAAUCCAAGACCACCGAGUAAUCCAUUUGGAGCUCCGGAUACAAGAGCAAUUGAAACAACGACGACGAAGAUAGCUUUGGAUGAGUACAUUCUGGAAAUUGAAUCGAAAAACAAAUGGUUGUAUAGAAAUGAAAUGAACUAA